CAUGAGUUCAGUUCCCAGGGUGAAGCGUAUUUUCUGUGUGCUGAAUUGAUAACAUUGUGUCUGAACUUAUUUGAUCCUCAUCCUCAGAUACAUGUGAAGUUGGCAGUAACUUUUGAAGAACAUGUUAGUACUGGUACAGAAUACAGGAACACCAGUAAUGUUAGUUGCCAGUCUUUACAUAACUGAAAUACUAUUGAGAAAUGGUGCUAAACCUAAAACAAAGAAAGGGCACAUCUUAGCAUUUUAUUUCUCUACCUGUAAUACUAUAUUUCUGUCAAUUCAUUAGUUGAUCUGUUUUAAUCCAAGAAGAUUAUAUGAAUUGAAGAGAUAGAGAGCUAUUAAAUUAAAUCACUUAAAGGGCCCCUUGGAUGGUAUUGAAAUGUGUUCUGUUUUAUAUCUAUAUGGUAUUUGAAUUAUACCUGACCAUUUUUUUCCGAAGUUUUCCGACGUUUUACCUGCGUAUGUGAUAUAUGAAAACUGUAUAUACCACACCUUUACGGAAAGUCCCGAGCGAAUUUCCGGAAAAGACCGACCUUGGUUUUCCGGGUGUGACGUCACACGCAGUACAGCUGAUAUAUUUUCAACAUGGCCGCUACUAGUGAAAGUGAAACAGAAUUCUCUGAAAACGAACUUUAUUGUUCUUCACACUCAGUGACAGAUGUUUCGGAGAGCGAUAGUGAGAAUGGUGAUCUUGAGGCUCUUCCUUACCAGUUUGAGCCAGUGAUACCACAUAGAAGGGGAGAGCAAAGGCAAAAUGAACCGCACGAUCCAGAACCCGGCGACGAACGACUGUUGAACACGAACUGGUGUUCGUGCAAUCAUUGUAGAAGAAUGCCAACAGUAAUGGAGUGUAGGUGUUGCCAGGAGAUUGAAACAAUUACCAGGAAGAUUGACGACUUCAAUUUGGAAAAGGAGUCAGAUGUGGGCUGUAUUACUGAGCAUCCUGGUUUCAGGCCUGUUUGUCUGGACGAGUUUGUUUUGGAGACAGCGUACUAUCAAUACAGACAGCAGUAUGGUGAACCAGAUGCUAGAAGUAUCAAUGAGAGGAAUAGGUAUGUUGCAUACAGGCAGCUGGCAAGGUGGUGCUGGGGAUUCCUGGGCAAGGAAGUAAGAGUUGUUUUGCCAUCAUGUGCAGUAAAUGUUAUCAGAGACACUUACCCAUCUGAUGUGUACAAGGGAUUUUUGGAGGCGUAAUUGGUAGUUUUCGUGAAGGACUUUAAUUGUAUAAAUCGCUUUAGUUAUCAUAAUGUUUAAAAUGUACAUAUUAUAUAUAGAUACCAGCAUUUCAUUAGCUAGUUUUUCAAUUUUAAUAAAUUGUAAAAGUUUGUAUUUCUUGUGUAUUUCAUUUUUAGUGAGAAAUUUAGGUUUCAAUAAAUUUAUGCACCAUGCAGUUACUCACAUCUUAUU